GCCGCGCUCCCGAGAAGCUGCUGCCGCCAUUUUGUGCGCGCCUGUGUUCGCGCCCACCCCCGCCCGCCUUUCCGGGGGAGCGGCGGCACCGGGGACGGCCCGACUGUGCUGCCGGUCAGGUGAGGCGGAGCGGAGGCGCCGGGCCGCGCCGAGGCAGCUACCGCCGGCGGCCGCCGCAGCCGUGAGGUCCCGUUGCUCGCAGGGGGAAGAAGCGGCAAGACGGAGCAGGAGGGGAAAAAACCUCCGGAGCUGCCCCCGAACAGGAGGAGGAGUCUCGGCGCCAGGCCCAGGCGCGGCCCCGGAGGCAGCAUGGAGAACUCGCAGCUGUGCAAGCUGUUCAUCGGCGGGCUGAACGUGCAGACCACGGAGGCCGGGCUGCGGGAGCACUUCGCGGCCUACGGGACCCUCACCGACUGCGUGGUCGUGCUGAACCCGCAGACCAAGCGCUCCCGGUGCUUCGGCUUCGUCACCUACUCGGCGGUGGAGGAGGCGGACGCCGCCAUGGCCGCGUCCCCCCACGCGGUGGACGGGAACGCGGUGGAGCUGAAGCGGGCCGUGUCCCGGGAGGACUCGGCCAAGCCCGGCGCUCACGCCAAGGUGAAGAAGCUCUUCGUGGGCGGCCUCAAAGGGGACGUGGGCGAAGGGGACCUGGUGCAGCACUUCAGCCAGUUCGGCCCCGUGGAGAAGGCCGAGAUCAUCGCCGACAAACAGAGCGGGAAAAAGCGCGGCUUCGGUUUCGUCUACUUCCAGAACCACGACGCCGCCGAUAAGGCGGCCGUGGUCAAGUUCCACCCGAUCCAGGGCCACCGAGUGGAGGUCAAGAAGGCCGUGCCCAAGGAGGACAUCCAGGCGGGCGGGGGAGGCGGCGGCUCCUCCAGGCCCUCCCGGGGAGGUAGAGGAGGAAGGGGUCGGGGCGGCGGCGGCUCCGGCAACCGGGAUCACAACGGGCUGUCCAAAGGAGGCGGCGGCUACAACAGCUACGGCGGCUACGGCGGGGGAGGAGGCGGCGGGUACGGCUCCUAUGGCAGCGGUUCCUACGGAGGCGGCGGCGGAGGGGGAGGCGGAGACUACGGCAACGGGUACGGCGGGUUCGGCAGCUACAGCCAGCACCAGUCCUCCUACGGCCCCAUGAAGAGCGGCGGAGGAGGUGGAGGAGGGGGCGGCAACUGGGGGGGCCGCAGUAACAGUGGACCGUACAGAGGAGGCUAUGGUGGGGGAGGCUACGGGGGCGGCUCUUUCUGAGCUGGAGCGCCCAUACCCAUUGAUGGGGGGGCGUGCAGAGCCCUCCCUUCGAUACGGGGCAGCUUCCAAAUGGUUUCUCCCCUCAUUCGCCGAAGGGCAGCUCCUUUUAAAUGCCUCCCUGCUGUGGGAGCGGCUCCUAAAUGCCCCCUGAGGGUCGCCUCUGCUGCCUGUGCCACUUCGUUCUCUCUGAAGAUGGACUGGGCCCCACAUACACAUAUUUUGUGUUACAGUCAUUGAUGGACUCUAUUUUUUUAUUAUUACUUGGACCUUGGUCGUUUUUAUACUAGCAACGAAAAAUGUCUUGUUUUAAUUUGUUUUUUGGGGGGUGCGGGGUGGGAAGUGUCUUGCUGAUCUGGAGUAAAUACUGGGGAGGGUUGGGGGGAAGUUCCUUUGUUGUAAGGACUCGAUGCCUGGAUACUACGUUUUUUUCUACAAAAGCUACUCGGAUCCCAUGACUGACUUUUAACAUUUCUGUAAAGGAAGAAAAAAUGGUUUUUACGUUUUUUAUUUUUUAAAUAAAUCAUUGUGUUCAUUGACCUUUA